GUUACACUUCUUUCAACUGACCUGGAAGGAUUAAUCAGAGAGCUUUCUUUCACUGUUUAAAAACGUAGAAUGAGUUUAUUUUUUAAAAAUUGGUUACUGCUUAAGACCAUUAAGCGGUUUACAUAGAACAUAAAAUUAUACAUUAACAAUCAAUUAAAACCAAAAGUAAAAAAACAAGCUGACCUAAAAAAAUCCCUAGUAUACCUGAAAUCAGUAAUUAAAAAUAUAUAUUAUAAAAUUAAAUUACUUAUUAAAACACAUGCUAGCCUUACAUAUCUUAUGCAAAAGUGAAGCAGAUUCUUACCAAAUGUAGAAUUAGGAACUGCAGAGUGUAAAGCUCCAAGCCCAAAGACACACAAGAAGCCAGAAAAUAUCCUUAUAGAAGGGACUAUAGAAAGGCUUCCCUAGCCACAGUAUUUGCUGGGUUUGGAAUCCUUCUGUCUCUAACAUCGUUAGCAGGCAUUGAAAACCUCCCCUGUGAAUUACAAAGGAAUUUCCAACUUAUGCGUGAGCUGGACCAAAGAACAGAAGAUAAGAAAGCAGAAAUUGACAGUCUUGCUGCUCAGUAUAUAUCAACAGUGAGGAGUCUAUCAUCAGAGCAAAGGGUGGAAAUCCUGCAGAAGAUUCAGAAUGCUUAUGCAAGAUGCAAAGAAUACAGUGAUGACAAAGUGCAACUGGCCAUGCAGACCUAUGAAAUGGUAGAUAAACACAUCCGACGGCUGGAUGCUGACCUGGCGCGAUUUGAAGCUGAUUUGAAGGAUAAGUUAGAAGGCAGUGACUUUGAAAACCCUGCAACACAAAACCUAAAAAAGGGGCGAACUCCAAAGGAUAAGAAAAGUUCUCGGGGUCGAGGCCGGCGAACGUCUGAGGAAGAUGCUCCAGUAAAAAAGAAACCAAAACGAAGAUCUGAAUUAGCUGACACCAUCCUGUCAGUCCAUCCUUCGGAUGUCCUGGAUAUGCCAGUUGAUCCCAAUGAACCCACAUACUGCUUGUGUCACCAAGUAUCUUAUGGAGAAAUGAUUGGCUGUGACAAUCCUGAUUGCCCAAUCGAAUGGUUUCAUUUUGCUUGUGUGGAUCUCACCACGAAACCCAAAGGGAAAUGGUUUUGCCCUCGUUGUGUUCAGGAGAAGAAGAAGAAGUAAAAAUUAUAGGAAUGUACAGUCUGAAAGAAGAAAAAGUUUAAUAUAUUUAUACAUGUUGCAAUAUUGUAUCUUUUUGUCACUUGUUUGUUCUGAUAUUUAGCAGUGGCCAGUUAUAGUUGUCCUUAUCAAAGAGGAAGCUAUCUUAAUGAGAAGAGGAGGAUGUGGAGGAAAUUUACUGUGGUGAUGUUUACCUGAGAUACACUUCCAUGGCACUGCAGUCAAUAUUAUGAAGAAUUAAGAGUAGCCUUGCACUGGAAUUUCUGCUCACAUACUAAAAGUCUGUGAAAUUGCCUAUUUUUGCUUUGCAGGUGAACGAUGCCACUUUUUGUUACCAAGAGGGUAGCCACUCUGCUCUGCACAAUAUUUAUGAAGGAUUUAAAAUCUUAACUGCAUCUUUCCAAAACCUUCCAACUCCUGACAAGGAAGGAAUUUUAUUUUUGAAUGUGCAGUUCUGCUCCUUGGUGGUAGCAAGUUGCAAAGCAAUGAAUUAUUUCUUACAAAGGCAGACAAAAAGCAAUGUGUAUCAUUUUGGUAAGGUGUGUUCCUUGAGUUAAUUUUAGGAGUUGUAUGCCUGCUCCAAUUGUUUCUGAUUUGUUCACUACUGCCUUUGGGCUUCAUACUACUCCCACUGUAAUCAUACACCAACUCCAGAUGGUAAACAAUAAAUGCUUAAUAAAGGCACAAUAUAUCUAGGAGACAUCAGUAUAGUUUGAUUUGCUUAUGAAACAAAAAUAAGGCUUAUUUUUCAUUGGCUAAGCUAUUAUGCGUUGAACAUUACCAAAUAAAUAAUCAGGAAGACUAGCUUUAAAGAGAACAAGAGUUUUUAAAGAUUCCUGUGACUCCAUAGCAGUAAAGCAAUUUGGUGUAACUGUGCUGAACUUUGUCUGAUGUGAGAUGGCCAUGCUCUGAUUUCACUGAGAGGACACCCAGUAUAAAAUGUAAAUGUGAGUACCUCUUCAAGCAACUUGGAUUGGAGACAGUUUUUUUCAAGAAGUAGGAAGGGCCAUCAUUGCUUGUGAUGUGCACAUUUGUACCGUUAUUCUCUCUGGUAAUGCAGGAGAUUGGAUCCAGAAUGUCCUUUCUGUAAAUGGAAGGGCUUUUUCCAUUUGUAGAAGGGACUGAGAGGCAUGGGCAGAGGCUCUCAUGGGAAGGAGGGAGGCAAAUUUCACUGAUUCCCUGUACCUCUCCCCAUACCACCUCCCACAUUGUUACAGAGGGUCGCCCAAUCCUUUGGCAUGAUUUUGCAGGGGAAAGGAAGAAUUAUGAAAACCGCAUGUUCCUCCAUUGGGAGCAUCCCAUGAGCAGAAUUCCGCUCACAGGAACUGGAUCCAAGCCAGGGUUUUCAGGCUUCUUCGGAACUUGAAAAACCUGCAAAUGUUGUUUGACCAUAGACUAUAGGGAAACAGUACACCAUGGAUAAUUUUGAAUUUGCCACACCACCUUCAUCUCUUAAAGAUAUCUGUCUCCAACCUUAGGCUGAAAAACAGAAAGCAAUUCAGAAAGAUGGAAAUAAUAUUAUGUGCAAAUGGCUAGUUCAUUUAUCUUAACUAUGCUUGUAUUGUGAGAUAAAGAUGGUUGUUUGCAUAUGGUAAUUAAAAAACAGCCAGAAUAGUACCUACAGUGGUGUUAUCUAUUGCAGAAGUGUGGAAUUUAAAAAUACCCUUAUACCACACCACACCAGCCCAAAAUCACAGUGAUGGAUAUGGUCUCUUUGAACAGCUGGCACCACAUGAUGUCUGCAAUAUUACAGUUAAUCUCACUUUCAUUCUGGAAAAUAAAUGGAAGAUUAUCACAUCACAAAAAUGUCAACCAUUCUAGCUUUAAAUGAAGAAAAACGAUGUUUCUCAAAGAACAUGGUUUGCAUUUUUGUUAUGAAAGAAUGCAAGUUCUAAGUGCUUAUUUCACAUCACACUUAUUUGCGUACAGCUUUGUAGACAAUGAUACAAUUCAAUGAUAGCAUUCUUUAUUUCUGCUACUUUUAAGUUUUUUAUUGCUAUAUUUUGUUCUCCUCAGUAGUCACAUGAACCAUUGUCUGCAUAAGAGGAAAAUAAUCUUGGAGUUCUGGCGCCCUGCUGUCAUAACUUGCUCUCAGUAUGUUGCAUCCCUGCAUAAUCUGUUGUUGCUGGGUUUAAAUAUUUACAAGAGCAAAUUGUCAUCCUGAAUAACGACUUACCCCCUAAAUAUUACGUGCAAAAGUAUGGAAGUUAAUGGAAAAAAACCUAGGGGCACCGGAUUCCUUAAGUCAGCCUUCUGUAAUCUUGUGCCCUCCAGAUGUUUUAGACUACAACUCUUGUCAACCCCAGCCAACAUGGUCAGUGGUUGGGGAAGAUGGGAAUUACAGUCCAGCUUCUGGAGGACACCAAUUUAGGGAAGCCUGUCUUAAACCAUGGUAAAUAAUAUAGGGAAGAGCAUUUUCAUAUAAGCUGAAGCUGGGUAUAUAUUAAACCAGUUUUCCUCAACCUGGAGCCUUCCAGGCAUUUUGAACCACAAUUCCCUUUACAACAAUGGAAGUUGUAGUCCAAAACAUCUGGAAGGCUCCAGGCUAGGGAAGGCUGCACUAAAUGAACUCUGUUUUAAAGUUCACCAAAUCCACCAAGCAAAAUGUAUCCUACCACCCAUGUAUUAUGGUCUGCCAGAUGCUUGAGAAUUGCCAUUUUUGCAGGCCCACUCAGUCAACAACAACAGACUUAUUGAGCACCUGAUAGACUUAUCAAGCAGCAUAGUGGCUUGCAUAUGGGUUGGUGGGUUGCCAUUUUUGCAGCCUGUAUUUAGGUUUCAGUAGUAGAUCUUGUGAGACUUCCAGAAUCAGUAGCUCAGUUAUAAAUGAGUAAUGCAUAUGACUUUUAACCUUUUUAAACAUUAGUGACAUUAGCUCCUAGUAUAAUACUAGUGAUUUUCAAGAGUUAUUUCCCCUUCCUUCCUCUUAAGUUAUAUCUUACAUAAUGAAGGAAUAGUGCUAUGGGUUGGCAUCAUUCUUGAAAGCCCUUAAGAUGUGUUUUUGGGUAGGCAAUUAGUGCUGCUAUGUAGUUAUUGGAGCAAACUAAACUGUUACUUUGUCAUAAACUAGAACCAAGAUCAUGUGAAGAUCUGAUGGUGGAGUAAGAUAUUUCACAACCCAGUUUUUGGAGUAUGGUAUGGGACUGACUAGUAAAUAUGUCCCGUGUCGCUGUCUUGAAAAAAGGCUAUAAGCUGAUCGGCUGUCAACCAAAUCAUGUUGUUCAAGUUUGUAAAGUCCAUAUUGAUUAUUAUGAACAUUCAGGUAUUUUGGUCUAUGGAGAAUUUAUUCUCCUGAAUUUUGAAUGUAUCCUGUUUACUAAUUGUAUUGUUUGAUUGUCAGGAUUUGGAGUGCAGGAGAAAACGGAAGAUAAUAUUCUCCCUUUUAAAAAAGACAAGCCUACAUAUUUUGUGGACGGUACCUUUUUUCAUAGUUUAUCUCCUAAGUAAAUAAAUUACCCAGCCUAUGUUUCCUUUGUAAAUGGAAGAGAAUAUUAGAAAUCUUUUUAUUAAAAUGUGAAAAUGUAUAUCUGUAUUUUUGAUCAUGUUAUAGAUAUAAUAGGUAUAUUGUUAUAAAUAAAGUAUUUUUGAGA